AUGCCACUCUCGGACUGCACCUUGCACCCCCUCGUUUCUCAGACUUUUCACUUUUCGUUUGUCCAGGACCACCAGUUCCACACCACCGCAACACGUUAUGUCCCCAAAGCCCGCAGCAAUGAGAACGGUGCUGUAAAGUACAACUUUGUCUUUAGUAAUGGUAUAUCUUUGGGUCAAGAAACUGCGCUUCCCUUAAUCAAAGAACUGUACCGUCUAACCGCGGGUAGCAAGGAGGUAUACAUCCAUUCCGUAUGGGUCGUAGAGCGACCCAAUCAUGGCGAUGCGGCCAAACUGAAUGAAGAAGUACUGAAACACUACGUUGGAAAAUCAUUCCCCGGAAGAAUACCCGGAGCAGCCAUUCGGACUUUCUUGGCGUCCGAUAUCCUCCAACCAGGUGAACGAGAAAAUCUCGUCGGAGUCGCCCACUCGGGCGGAGGUGGCUCCAUGAUCAAUGCACUUGGGCCAUCAAAGCAACAUUUGCCACUUUGCAAGCUAAUCCUCGUCGAAUCUCCCCAUAUUGAACAUGCGGCUUGGGGCCCCCUGUUGCAACUUUACGAUGUUGUCAAGCGCUCGAAUUCUCGUCGACCGACCCGUUGGGCUAGCACGGAGGAUGCUAUGAAGUGGUUCAAGACUCAUAUUCCGUGGAAGAAUUUUCAUCCAGACGUAUUGCAAGUCAUCGCUGACACUUACUUCAUGCCUGACCCUCAAUAUACUGGGAUGAUCACAACCAAGACCCCCGUCGAACAGGAGACUGCCUGCUUCUUGGAUGACGGAACUAAUCUCAAUGAAUUGCCGUAUCUGAGAAGCAUCAUGAAUAUCCUUCCAACUCAUCUUAUCCUAGGUGAUGUAAUGGACAUCUGGCCAAAGCCCAUUUAUAAGAUGAUUUCCGAAAAUAUUGCAGAGGACCGUUCAAAGUUAGCCUCAAUCACGACCAUUGUCGGAGCGGGGCAUUACCUACCUGUCGAGAAACCCAGAGAACUGGCUCGCGAAAUACUUCGCAUCCUCUGCAACCGUGACACGGCACCUCGUCCUUCUCGUUUGUGA